UUUUGAACACUUCAGAAAAAGGAAACAGAGAAGGGGAGCCAGCCCCGGCCAGCACUGACCUGGGCUCCCCAGACUGCCUGCUCGGCUCCUACCUGGGGACCCGGAGCAUCUCUGGUCUCUGUCGCCACCUGCUGCGCGUGUGGGGACACAGCAGCUCCCGGGGCGUCGGGCUCAGGUCCGGGCAGCAGCCAGGACCUUGGCCCAGCCCAGAGCCCCCUGCCUCUGCGCGCCUCACUGCCGCAGUGUGCCUGGCUCCGAGGGGCUCCAGGGGUUGUAUGCCUGGAUGUCACCUGAAUGGUGAGUCCUGCUUGUUUAAAAUUAAAACAGCAAGCCGGGCAGGGUGCCACACACCACACCCCUGUGUUUCCAGCACUCGGGAGGCUGAGGCGGGAGGAUCACCUGGAAUUCAAGGCCAGCCCGGACUGAACAGUGAGACCCAGAUAAAUAAAUACAACCAAAUGCAAGGACUUUGAUACAAGGUCUGAGAGCAAAGUCUUUCUUUCCCUGUGGCGUGUGCUCUUCAGAGAUGACUCACGCAUGGUGUUGCAUUGUGUGUUGUUUAUAUUCCACCCCAGGGCGCUGGGUGCAGGCUGGGGACAGCCCAGGUGGUUCUCGGGCCUCAGGGACCCAGCUCACCGGGUCUCGAAUCUGACACCAGGUUUCAAAACGGCCACAAAAUUCAGUUUCUGUCCACAGAGAUAAGCCUCGGAACCAACACAGGAGGGACUGUUUGCCAUCAGUAUUUUCAAAAUGUUUCUGCUAAUCAGGUAAAGAAUAUUUUUGUUUUUUGAGACUGGGUCUCAUGACAGAGUCCAGGCUGGUCUUGAACUCACCAAGGAGCACAGGCUGGCCUGGAACUCCGGAGAUCCUCCUGCCUCAGCCUGUCCAGUGCUGGGAUGACCGGCGGGCAGUGUGACUCUGGCUCUCACCUGUCAGAGAUGUUUCUGCCACACGAGGCCACCACGAUGCAGUCCCGGGAUUCGGACGCGCAUGCAUCGCGUGGCUGUGCAGCGAGUUACACGUGGGGCCCCAGAUUCGUGGCACCCGGAAUGUCACGCUGGGGCCUGAGCGGAAACGGGUCCCCGCAGAGGGAAUGAAUGGGAGGAGCAGGAUCUGAGGACUAGGCCGUCUGGGUCGGGGCCCUGACUCCAACGGCAGCGUCCUCACGAGAGGCAGAGGAGACGCAGGCAGAGGAGGAGCCGACGGAGACGGAGACGGAGGCGGAGACGGGAGCGAUGGAGCCGCAGCCCGGGGCCACCUGGAGCCCGGAGGAGGAGGCAGAGGCGGGGGGGGGGGGUCUCCCCGGAGCCUGGGGAGGGAGCUCAGCCCGGGACGCCUGGGUCUCAGCUUCCUGGGCUCCGGGACGGGAGAGGGCGGCUCCCGGGGUUCACGCCCCACGGCUGUGUCCUGUGAUCCCGCACAUGCGCAAUGGUCCCCAGGUCUCAGGCCCACCCCCUCGCCUGCCCUCCGCGGCUUCCUUGCCCCAGCCCGCCCUGCCCUGUCUUCCGACGUUGCGUGCCCCUCGCCAAGGCCGCGUGUACCCUGUCUGGCUUUCUGAGGCAGGGUCCCGCUGUGUGCUUCAGGCUGGCCUGGAACCUUGGGCGUCCUCCUGCCUCAGCCUCUCCAUUGAAUCCCAGAGGCCUCUUGUCCUCCUGGCAGCACCUGCGUCCUCAGGCCUGGUCUCUCUGGGCCGCCCUGGGCGGGGUCCUGGCCUCCUGGGGCGGAGCUCGGCUUCCUGCGGCUCAGGCUGGAGGAGCAGCAAACCCUGGGGCCUCUCCAGCCUCCCGGCCGCGCCUCGACUCGACCGCACUCCUGAGAGAAGGCGGGGUGUCCCUGCCCGCACGUCCCGUCCUGAGGCUCGGCCACGGGGCUGCAGGCUCCGGGAGUCACCGUGGCGAAGUGCAGGGGGCAGAAGCGGACUCCGUGUGCAGACUCGGGGCCGAGCCAGCUCCCCCAGAGCUCGACGCCCGCCCCCCACCCGGGUGCCCAGCGCCUUGGGCAGGGCGCGGGCCCCACCUCGGUCCGGGACCCCAGCCGCGCAGGGAGAGCUGUCCCGGUGUGCGGGGCCCGGAGACUCGGAGCAGUGUGCGGACCGGGAGGUCUCCAUGGCCGGACAGCUGAGCGCCACCGGCAUCUUCGGGACCCGGCGCGCCGAGGGCCGCGGGGCUACCGCGGACUGGAUGUCGGGGCUGUGCCCGCGGCUGUGGGACGUCCCUCUGCACCGGCUGUCCCUCCCGGGCAGCCACGACACCAUGACCUACUGCCUGAACAGGGGGUCGCCCGUGUCCCGCACCCAGUCGCGGCUCCUGCACUUCCUGAGCAAGGCGGUUCCCUGCAUCACGCAGCCCGUGGUGCUGAAGUGGUCAGUCACGCAGACGCUGGACGUCUCGGAGCAGCUGGCCGCGGGCGUGCGCUACCUGGACCUGCGCGUGGCCCACGAGCCGGGCGGCUCGCGGCGGAACCUGCACUUCGUGCACAUGGUCUACACCACGGCGCUGGUGGAGGACACGCUCACGGAGAUCUCGGAGUGGCUGCAGCAGCACCCGCGCGAGGUGCUGGUCGUGGCCUGCAGGAACUUCGAGGGGCUCGGCGAGGACCUGCAUGAGUACCUGGUCACCUGCAUCAAGAACAUCUUCGGGGCCGCGCUGUGUCCCCGGGGGGAGGUCCCCACGCUGCGGCAGCUGUGGGCGCGCGGCCAGCAGGUCCUGCUGUCCUACGAGGAUGAGGCCACCGUGGCCCGGCACCCCGAGCUCUGGCCCGGCAUCCCCUACUGGUGGGGCGACCAGGUGAAGAGCCAGGCGCUCAUCCGCUACCUGGAGACCAUGAAGAGCUGCGGCCGGCCAGGGGGCCUGUUUGUGGCGGGCACCAACCUGACGGAGUCCCUGGGCUACAUCCUCGCGCACCCAGCCCAGUCCCUGGCAAAGCUGACGCUGCCCGCGCUGCCGGCCCUGAGCGCGUGGGUCCGAGAGCAGAGCCCCGGGCCCGGCCCCAGCUGCACCAACAUCAUCGCCGGCGACUUCAUCGGGGCCGACACCUUCGUCACCGACGUCAUCGGCCUCAACCAGAAGCUGCUGCGGGGCUGACGGCGCCGGUCGGGUGGGGACGGAGUGGACAGAGGGACGGGGACCCCGGCCCCCUCCUACGGCGUCUGCAGCAGGACCCAGGCUGUCCAGGCCGCGGCGACCUGCGACCUGGGACUGCAGCUCCCAGGGGCCGGCUGUGGGGGUCGCAGCGGAACACAGCCCGGGGCCCACGGAGACCCUGCCGGGAAAGCCCACCGACCCGGGGAGCGCACCCGCUGGCCAGCGGGCGUCCUGGGGUAAUGUGUCCGCCCCGCUUUUCCCGACUCUCAUUUGCUGCUGUUUGGAGACAGGGUCUCGCCAUGUACCUCCCUUGAGCGCAGGGAGACCCUCCUGCCUCAGCCUCCCGCAUUCAGGACUGCAGGUGUUUGCCACCAGGCCUGGCUUCCGAAAUGUUAUUUUCACUGAACACUUUUUUCUUUGGUACCGGGGAUCGAACUCGGGUCCUUGCGCUUGGGCAGCAGGCGGUGAAACCACUGAGCUAAAUUCCCGGCCCACGUAACACUUCUCUUUAAAGAUCACACACAAUUAAAAUAAUAGAGCAAAGAAAA